AUGGUGAGGAUGUGUAAUGAUCCCAAUUUCAAUGUUUGCCCAGACUAUGCUUCAGACAUCUUUGAAAAUACUCGAGCCCAACUCAUUAAUGAGAACACUGAUGAGGAACAGGUGGUGCAACUACUUAUGAAUAUCUGGGAGACCAACAACAACACGGACAAGAUCACUUGGCAACAUCAAGUAACAGCAGAUAGGGAAGAGUGCUUACACUGUGAGCAACAAGAAGAAGAGGAGCAAGACAGACUUGAACAAGAAGAGACCACUUGCAAGGAGGAUAGGAAGAAGAAUAAACAUAAGCACAUACCAAUUCUAACCAUUGGCAUACCAGAUGACACAGCUACAAGUAUCAAGCUAGACAAGGGAGAAUAUGUCGAGUUAUGGUACUUCACCAACAAUGGCUUGGAUGAAGUCAAUCACAAGGAAAUGGUUGACGACGAUGCAAUGAUCAUGUCAACCUUAGUGGAUGGCUUGACAGCAUGGGUCUCAGCAGCCUCUACUCGCAAUGUGUGUGCGGUCAUCAAUGAUGAGAACUUACCAUUUGAAGAAUUUUGUCAGGCCUGCCCACGCAUGCUGACAGCAAUG